AUGAUACAUUGUGAAGGCUUCCGAGCUGCCCUCCCUGAGGUCAUCAUAUCCUCUGGCGAGUUACGUCGUGUAGAGUAUUCGAGUUAUCUCUUCCUUCUUGCUCAGCCGGGCCAACCCUACCCAUUCGAAUUCACCAUCGACUAUAACAGUACCACUGGUGCCACCCUACCAGCUGUACCAGCGCGACAAGGUGUGAAUCUAUAUCAGAAGAUUGCCUAUGACCCGCUUUAUAAUGCAUCGGUGUCUGAUCCGAAAUACCAGGAGCGUUUUACUCAUAUGAACUCUCUGGCUCUUUAUGACUACUGUUUUUGUAAGACUCUCGCGAUCGGUCCUAGUGGCAAUGAAAAUGCUAUGGAAUUUGCAAAGUACAUUUCGAGGGAAUUUUCGGAGUGGGACAAGUACCCUGCUCGAGUGAAGGCUGAUAGUUAUGCUGGUAUACUAGGGUAUGAUGACAAGAACACCACAUGGACCUUCCCUGAGUGUAAGGUUCUCAACGAGAUGGAGUCCCGGCCUAUCGUCACGAGUAGUCUACGAGAUCCCGAUGGAGUGGUACGGGCAAGGGACUAUGGUUCUUAUACCAAAACCAGGGUUACUCAGUCGACACAGAAUGACCGACUGUGUGCAUAUAUAGAUUUGGAAGAUCUAGAGAAGCCGAUUAUCAGGAGUAAUGGUACCGUGAAUACUAAGUAUGCUCGAUUCGAUACGUUGUGGUGGGGUGAAAAUGAUAGGAUUCAACGUGGAGAUCCCAAGAUGAUGGACCGGAGUAUAUGCUGA